CUGGAUGACAAGAUGGAGAGGAGGAGCUCCACUAAAUCCAAAGCAGAGGACAUGCAGGCAUCAGAAGAGGAGACCCAGCAGAUGAGACUGGAACAAGAGAGAAUACAGGCCAAGACGCGGGAACUCCGUGAGAAGCAGGCAAAAGAGAGAGAGUACGCAGAGAUCCAAGAUGUCGUCAGCCGCACGUUCAGCUCAGACGAGGACCACACGUACGCCGGCAUCGGAUCGCUGUGCUCGUCAAUAGACAGCAGCACCAUAGACCCCUACAGCCACCCCUACCAUCUCCCCCAGAGUCCUCUGAGCCCGCAUCCUCCUUCCCUGAACCUUCAAGACAACGGUCCUCCCCUGGAGGCACUGUACGCCCAGGUCAACAAGCCUCGCAAUGGACGCCCCACAGCUCCAGACAGCAGUCAGAUGGCGCCUAGUAACCACGACCGGAUACAGAGACUGAGGAAUGAGUUCCAGCAGGCCAAGCAGGAGGACGACGUAGAGGACCAUCAGCACACCUACAGCUUCAACCAGUCCUGGGCCAGCAAUGGGACGGAGACAUCAAGUGGACGCCAUUCUGUAACGGUUGAGACUCAGGUCCAGAAACAGCAGCAAGAGGGCAGAGAUGAUUUCCCACAAGCACAGAGACAGUACAAUUCCCUGCCACGACAACCUCGCAAGAACAACAGUGCGGCGUCCCAGGACUCGUGGGACAAGAUGUACGUGCCAGCAGAGGGAUUUCAGCCAUCCAAGGAAAAUCCUCGCUACUCCGGGGGCCAGGGGUCACGUAACGGCUACCUGGGAACACCCAGUAUUAACGCCCGCGUCUUCCUCGAGACCCAGGAGUUGCUGAGGCAGGAGGAAAGGCGUCGAGAGCAGGAGGCCAGCAAAACCAGGCCGCCUCCUGCACAGGAAAUCCCCAGCGGCAUCACCUUUGACCAGAACAGAGACAGCACUCAAGCCACUGGCUCUGCCAUAGCUCGGGCCCUCUCGAAACCCAAGGGGCCCUACAGACAGGACGUGCCCCCGUCACCGUCCCAAAUCGCCAAGCUCAGCAGGCAUCAGAGUUCAGUGAAGGGAAGGCUGUUUUAUUCCUGAGAGGGUGAAAAGGAAGAAUAUGGAUGUCUUUGAGGAGAUGAGGACUGAUCCUAACAAGCAUUUACAGGGAAAAAAAACAAAAACAAAAUUUGUGGGAUUUUUUAAAAAUAAAAAUAUGAGAUAUAAAAAAUUUUAUAGGACUGCUGUAAAAAAUGUUUAUAUUUAAAGAAAGAUUUUUUUUAAUUAAGAACCGUGAUCCUUUUUAAGCUGUUUUAUAGUCCAGCAUUGUGAUCAUUCAUACCUUGUAUGUUUAUCCUUUAAGUGCCUUUAAAGUCAUUUGAUUGUUUGGUGUUUUUGACUCGUGAUCUGCUGUUUUGACCCAUCUAACACACCCGGAAAAAACUGCCAUCACAACAGAGGACUGGUUGAGGGGAUCUCGGCAGCGCUGCACCUAAACAGUCGUAACCUAAUGGGCAAGUCUCAGUCCAGACAUGCUUUUUCUACCACGCAUCUGCUAGCAGGGACCUCAGUCGAUACCACGCUUGUGGGAAUGAGGCUUUUUUUUGAUGUUCAUGGCGACUUUAACUGUGUGUGUGUGUGUGUUUGAGAGAGAGAGGGUGACAGAGUGCUGGCAGGAGCUGACAUGUAGUGGGAGAGUGUGGAGGUUAAAAAGCUUGUGUGAACUGUGGAGUCAGAGCUUGGGUUUUGGGCAUGAGCACCCAUCCCCCUCACUUCAGGGAAAUGUCCCGUUCGGUUUCAGAUACAGGACUUACUCAAAGUCUGUAUCCUCUUUCCAACCCCCUCUUGUAUUCAGUAUGAUAAUCCUAAAUUCUCUCUUCCCUUCUGCUGGCUGCUUUAUCAGCCCCCCCUCCCCCUCUCUCUCACAUUGUCGCCAUCAAUAUACAGCACUCUCAGCGGAGGAAAACGGCUUUAGAUCUUCUUUAUUUCUGCUCCGCUCCACCCACUCAGGGAAUCCAGCAGUACAAAUGGGGUCAGGUCUGGGUUAUUAAUUAAUGUACGUCAUUAAAAAUAAAUGCACACCUUCGUUUGUGUUUGUUCUCAUGUACGGCGAGGAGAUAAAAAACGGCAACCUUGGCGGCGUGCCGCUUGGCCCCUGGCCUCGCCUGGACUGAUUUGGCCGUAACCGAAGCCUGCUGGCCUUUAGGUGUCUGAGCUGUUCUUCGCUGAAUAUUUCAUCAGGCCAGUUACAUGGGAAACUGCAUCAGCUCUGCUGUGGGUGGCCUUGGUGUAGUGCUGCUUAUCCACGGGGCAGAUACAAUGGAGCUGAUUUUGUUUAUCUUCAUGAUUAUUUCCAUUAUUUCCAAACAAGAAUUCACUCUUCUGGAGUAGAGGACCUGAUUUGCUAUGUUGCAAUUUCUUUUUCUUAAGGAGAAAAGUGCAGAUUACAUUUGAGUUACAGUUUAGAUUUAGAUCAGGUUCGGAAAAAGAUUAGAUUAGAUGAAACUUUAUUAAUCCCUCGGGUGGGUUCCUCCGGGAAAUUCAGUUUCCAGUUGCAUAGCACCAAAAGAAGUUGCAUGUUACAGAUAAAAAUGACUUGGAUAUAUGUUUAUAUGCACUAAAAAAACAGGUUAUGCUUUCAACUUGAAACUGAGGUGUAAAUGUGAUCAGGCUGGUGAUCAGACUUUGCUACAUUACACAACGGUCUUUUGUAACUGUUGUGGUAUUACAAUAUGCUGUUUCAUGGUGAAUGUGCUCAACAAGCAGAUCUCCAGCAUUGUCAUAUGACACAUGUAGAUCUCUGGUGGUUUCUUUGUGUCAACUUCAGUCACGCUUGGGUGGAUUUAUUUUGAACACCAAGGAUGUAUCUAACAAGCGAACUCCCUGAUUCUCAACUCUGAGGUCAGGCACAUGUAAUAAGAAACCCAGCGAGACAUCUGCAUGACCAAGAAGUCUGUUAAAAGCUAGCUUGACAAAUCAGGUCUCUCUAAUUCCAUGUUCCAGCCAUAGACAAAUCAGCCUACCACAGACAGCAGACCGAAGCUUUGUUGCUUAGGUGCUUAAAAAAAAAAUGCAUUCGAUAUAAUACACUGACUGGAGUUCUCACAGAAUGAAUUGCACUUUUCUCUUUUGUCCCCUUUGUGAUCAUUCAAAUGAAUUUGCUUCGCUAAACCUCUGUUAUUUCCUGAGCCCCGGGUUAAGCGCCGAGUCUGGGAUUAUACUUCUUUGGGAACACACACACGGACAGCUGCGGCCACCACCGAGGCCUUGUUCUUCCUAUAACGCUGCUUUCUGGUCCGUACAGAGUUCCCUCUGAGGACACUGCAGUGUGCUGGCAGCACAUACAGCAGAUCUCUCCACCCUGGCCUACUUAAGUACGCUGAAAAUAUAACAGCAUAAGACUAGAAUUAGGAUUACAAUAAAACUCCAGGCUA